GCUUGUGCGAUGGACCAAAUGUUACAUAAUGAAAUUUAAUGAGUAUAUGUAACAUUGUUUUUAAGAUCCCUUCUUUACCAAAAAACAAAAAACAAAACCCCACAAUUCAGGAUUUCACAGUUUCAGAAUGGCUUCGGUUACUGCCUUUCCUCGGUGUACUUGCACUACUUGGCUACCUUGCAAUUCGUCCAUUCCUCCCGAAGAAAAAACAACAGAAGGAUAGCUUGAUUAAUCUUAAAAUACAAAAGGAAAAUCCCAAAGUGGUGAAUGAAAUAAACAUUGAAGAUCUGUGUCUCACUAAAGCAGCUUACUGAUGUUGGCGUUCUAAGACGUUUCCUGCCUGUGAUGGUUCACAUAAUAAACACAAUGAAUUGACAGGAGAUAAUGUGGGUCCACUAAUACUGAAGAAGAAAGAAGUAUAAUAGUAAUGAAUUAGGAUUGAAUUUAGUUGUGUGCUGUAAAAUCUUAUAACAAUAUUUUUUCAUUCUUUGUGUAUAGAAGAUCUUUAUGGUGGUCUUAAUUAUUGCUACUGGUUGAGUAUUUCUGCCAAUUUAUUUUCUUGCUACACUACUGUUUAUAUUUGAUACUUUGGAUAUUCAAACAAUCAUUUGUAUAGAAAUUAAAUUGUACAACCCUUUCAUUCUUACUUCAAAGACUUAGUGUAUCUUCCUAAAUAAAACCAACACUCUUGGUUUUAACUAACUGAUAAAAUUCUGUUUUUGGCAGUGGGUCCAAAGCUCUUCCUUUGAAUAUCAAUAUUUUCUAUUGAAUCUACACUUAAAGUUUUUUUCCCUACAUACACUAUUAAAUAUGUUCUUUUUCAGUCCCCUUCUGUUUUGCUCAUUUGAAGUGAUUUUUCCUCUUGGCCUUCCACACUUCGUUCUUUUCAGAUCAAUAAGAAAAAUAUUGCUCUCAAGAAUUACUUGAGUUUUUAAAGAGAUAAAUGCUUUGCUUUAUAAAGACUGUGUCUAAUAAGUGUGACUGUCCCAAUUUCAGAAAAGACAUGAACUGGAUAUAGAAAGUUCCAAAAAGGAACAGUUAUUUACACUAUAAAAAAUUUGUUUACUUUA